AUGAGUUUACUGAGCGGCCUCACUCCCUCGCCGCGGACACCGCUGUACUCCAGCAAGACCAAAAUGAAAAAGCUUCCGAAGAAGAGCCAGAAUGAGAAGUACCGGCUGAAAUACCUCCGGUUGCGGAAGGCAGCCAAAGCCACGGUGUUCGAAAAUGCUGCUAUUUGUGAUGAAAUUGCUCGUCUUGAAGAAAAAUUUCUUAAAGCAAAAGAAGAAAGAAGGUACUUGCUAAAGAAGCUCCUCCAAGUUCAGGCUCUAACUGAAGAGGAAGCACAGCCUGCAACUCCUUCCCAUAGCUCCAGUUUGCCCCUGACAUAUGGUGUGGCCAGCUCUAUGGGAGCAAUACAGGGAGCUGGGCCCAUUUCUGGACCCAGCACAGGUGCUGAAGAACCAUUUGGGAAGAAAUCUAAGAAAGAGAAAAAAGAAAAAGGCAAAGAGAACAACAAACUGGAAGUUCUGAAGAAAACAUCCAAGAAAAAGAAAAUGGAGGGAGGUGCUCGCAAGCUGGUUCAGCCCAUUGCCCUGGAUCCCUCAGGACGGCCUGUGUUCCCCAUCGGACUGGGGGGUCUCACAGUAUAUAGCCUGGGGGAGAUUAUCACCGACCGACCUGGCUUCCAUGAUGAAUGUGCCAUCUACCCUGUGGGCUACUGCAGUACUAGAGUAUAUGUCAGCAUGAAGUCCCCAGACCAGAAGUGUCUGUAUACCUGUCAGAUCAAGGAUGGUGGUAUGCAGCCACAGGAAACUUGUUUGUCACGAAAGCCACAAAAUGAGGAGCUCUCGGGGUAUUGCUGGGGUGGUGAUGGAGACACUAUUUAUAUUCACAAGGACAUGUGGUCCAGGCAUAGCGGAGAGCAAUAA